GAGAGAUAGAGAUAGAGAUAGGGAGAGAAAGAGAGAGAGUGGUCAGACUUGUGAGGCUUUUUAUUCUAACAAAUGAGACCGUAUGUUUGACCCCGGGGUUCGCCUGCGUACAACAGCAAGCUGGAUAUACUCGCUCGGUCUUCGUUAGAAUAUAAAUGGAUGUCGUUUUUUUGUAGGCGCUUAUCUGUGCGAUAAUGAAAGAACGCUUGAAAUAGUUUAUUCGCUUGUAGCCUAUUUAUGGUAGAUAGCGCUUUGGCCCUUCUUUAUUAUAAGACAACGGGGAUCCAUCAAACGGCGGUAGCUAUGUGAAGCGUWKAAAUCGUUUAUUCCCUUUCGUGAAUUGAGGAAUAAUUAUGAACAACGCGCAAGAUAUGUCUCCCGAUUUUGUCUUGAUGCGCCUGGUUUCCGCGGCCGAGGAUGACCGCUUGGACGAGGAGAAUGGGAAUCUGUCGUCGGGUGGAGUGGUGGCAGGACUCGGUAAAGAGGUAUUGGCUCAUAGCAACAUGAAAGCGGGCUUGGAAUUCGCCCGAGAUCCCACGACAGGCCUCGCGCAUUCCGGCAAUCUCUCUUCGCUGAACAAUGCACAGCAGAGCGGCGGAACGGCGGCACCUGACACCGGGGUGAUGGCGACUAAACCGUCGGUGUCUAUUCCUCUUCCUCCACACAGCGCCAUGGAGGCCAAGGGCUUUGAGUUCGCUCACAGAGGYGGCUUACGGCCUCAGCUCCUUGUGUUUCCUAACAUAUUGAGGGAUGGUGAGGGGAUUUUAGACUGUGAAUCCGACGGUCGGAAUCAGUCGAGGAAACAUAUUGUUUUGGACAAGACCUCCGGCUCUGUCUCCGACCUAAUCGGUGGCAUCAAUAACAAUACGCUCAGUGCCGGCAACGCGCAACAGCAGAACCAUCUGUCCCAGAGCUGGGGUCUGCAUCCCCGGGUGGUAUUAUCCACGGUUGCUGUCGAUAUCGAGGGAGGUGAGCUAUGCCACCGGCACAGUUUGAUCACCAACCCAUCAGACUGGCCUCCCUUAUCGGAUAAAUCCAAUCCUUUCACCAUGAUAGAGUCGAAAUGGGGGUGCACAACCGGGGAGCUGCCCGACGGCCCMGUGUUCGACCUGGCCAGAAGGUUCGGGGAGCUGGGGCUCGGCGCGGUACCCAAGAUAUUAUUCAAGGACGGGGAGAUGCCCCAGUGCUCGUGUCAGGGCGCACAUGGGCCGGCACCAGCGGGGAUGGGGCAUGGGGAUGACCCGACUGAGACUAGCGAUGCUUUGUUGGUGCUGGAGGGGCUGGGGACUGGGGACGUGGCCAGGCUGGGUAUCACUGGAUGCCCGGAGGACGAUUCGGAUGAAAGUCGAGCACGUCGAGUUCAAAAGAUGUCCGGUGCAUUUUCUCUCAGUAGCUUUCARGCAGAGUUGACCAGACAGAUGGAAGGGGUGGCUGGAGAACCUUGUCCGUCGGCGCACGGUGACGMACAAGUAUGUAGCCUGCAUGGAAACGUACCUAACCCAACUCAACCGAGCCCGGGAGAUACAGAACAGAAUCCGGAGGUGUCGAAAAUACCUGGGGCCUCUGCGGCUACACCAAGCUCGGACCGACCUGUCAGUCCAAACCCUAGCCAGGCAUCAACACCCCGGAAGCGGGCAGACAAGUGCGUCAGUGCGCCCCGGACUCCAAACGGUCGGGGAAGCGAUGGAGAGAAAACACUAAAAGUUCCAGGGAAGUCCAGAAAGGGCUCACUUAAAAUACGCCUGAGUAAACUUUUCAGAACUAAAAGCUGUAGUGGUUCCAAUAGCCUUCUGGAUAAGAGGCCAUCAGUGGCCUUUUCAAUCUCCUCCGCUGGAAGUCUAAUGGAUAUGGCCAGUGGAAGUGGUGGGGAGCAUGACGGGGACAGCCAACCCCGAAUGACCAGGGCCCAAAGUGCUUUCUCUCCUGCUUCCUUUGCUCCUUUCACUGGUGAGACUGUUUCAUUGGUGGAUGUGGAUAUUUCGAGGAGAGGGGCGAACACUCCGCACCCUCCCACGCCUCCACCUCCGCCACGCAGAAGUCUCAGUCUAUUAGAUGACAUAGGUGGGCCGCAGCCUGGUCCUUUCCUAGUGAGUGUUAUGGGGGCCUCCCUACAGUCCCUCCCCCUGCCUCUUYCUCCUCCUCAUCCYUCCCAUGCCACCAUCCAGCAUAGUAUCAGCCUCAAUGGUAAGACACCAGAGAGCAGAGGGCUGGGAGCUGUGCAUGGGGCAAACGGGCGGACGAUGGUUUGUACGUGUGARUGUAAGUGGUGUGUCCCUUCCAUGUUUCCAUCUAUAGGGACAUUCAGCUUGUGGUGUCAUCCCAAGUUUGAGGACCGAUGUCAUUCUGUGGUGGAGUUUAUCGAGCGAGCCAUUAUGCACUCCAAAAAUGGAAAAUUCCUCUACUUCCUGCGUUCACGUGUGCCAGGGCUCCCCCCUACCCCAGUGCAGCUGCUCUACCCAGUGUCCCGGUUCAGCAACGUCAAGUCCCUGCAGCACCUCUGUCGCUUCUGCAUCCGACAGAUGGUCCGCAUCGACCACAUCCAGGAGCUGCCGCUGCCCAAACCACUGAUCAUGUACCUGAGGAAGUUCUACUACUAUGAUGCAGAGGAAGAGAUGUACCUGUCAAUCAAGAGCAUUCGACCAGGGGCUGGAGUAGAGAAAGAGGCGGAGUCUCAGACGUAACUGGAAGAGGUGUCUGCUGGUCUGCCAGUCUUCCAGCAUCAGCCAAUCAAAGUCCUCGGCACCCUGUGAAUCCAGUCGGCUGCAGUCAAAGGGAUCCAGAUGACCUAGCCCUUCUCUUGACUUUGGCCAAUGAGAGUAGAAAGGGACAG